AUGGCGAGAGCAGAAGAGAACAGAGAAGAGAACAGAAGAGAACAGAGAACAGAAGAGAACAGAAUAGAACAGAAUAGAACAGAGAAUAGAAGAGAACAGAGAAUAGAAGAGAACAGAGAACAGAAAAGAACAGAGAACAGAGAAAAGAAUAGAACAGAAGAGAACAGAGAAAAGAAAAGAACAGAGAACAGACGAGAACAUAAAACAGAAGAGAACAGAGAACAGAACAGCAGAGAACAGAAGAGAACCAAAAUGCAAGGAUCAGACGACAAGGAGGAGGUUAGUGGCCCACAGGGUCACACUAUAGACGACAAGGAGAAGGUUGGUGGCCCCUACAACCAGGGUCACACUAUAGACGACAAGGAGGAGGUUAGUGGCCCCUACAACCAGGUCACAGGGUCACACUAUAGACGACAAGACGUGGCAAGAACAAUGUCUCACGGUCUUCUGGAUGACCUGAUACUGACUGACUUUGCAGAAUUAAGAAAUCUUGCCCCGUGUCUUGAAACAAGAGCAUUGUUGACACCUGAAACCCACCCAUCAGCCACUCAAUGUGUCAAGCCAUCAGGCGAAAUAUGUGAGACAAACUUUAACUUCAUCAAACAAAAAUAUAAAGAGAAUUAG